AUGAACGCGAGCGGCACCUCGCUCAACGAGUCCCAGGUAGUGGCAGUGGCGGCCCGGGGAGCAGCAGCUGCGGCCACAGCAGCAGGGGCACCGGACACCAGCGAAUGGGGCCCCCAGCAGCAUCCGCGGCGCUGGGAGGCGGCAGUGGACCUAACAGGGUCACUGGAGCUGGUCUUCUCAGCUACCGCGGGCCAUCGGACUACUGCUUCGGCAGUGAAUCCCUGGGAUGUGCUGUUGUGUGUGUCGGGGACCGUGAUCGCAGGCGAAAAUGCGCUGGUGGUGGCACUCAUCGCAUCCACUCCCGCGCUGCGCACGCCCAUGUUUGUGCGUGGUAGUUUGGCCACUGCCGACCUGCUGGCGGGCUGUGGCCUCAUCCUACACUUCGUGUUCAAUACGUUGGUGCCCUCGGAGACUACUGUGAGCCUGCUCAUGGUGGGCUUCCUGGUGGCCUCCUUCGCCGCCUCAGUCAGCGGCCUGCUUGCCAUCACAGUAGACCGUUACCUGUCCCUUUACAACGCACUCACCUAUUACUCGCGCCGGACCCUAUUGGGCGUGCACCUCUUGCUGGCAGCCACCUGGACAGUGUCACUGGCAUUAGGGUUGCUGCUUCUAGGCUGGAACUGCUUGGCCGACCGCUCAUCCUGCGCCGUGGUGCGUCCUCUAACACGGAGCCACGUGGCGCUGCUCUCCACUUCCUUCUUUGUCGUCUUUGGCGUCAUGCUGCACCUGUACGUGCGCAUCUGCCAGGUGGUCUGGCGCCACGCCCACCAGAUCGCCCUGCAGCAGCACUGUCUCGCACCGCCCCCCCUAGCCGCCACGCGAAAGGGAGUGGGAACUCUGGCCGUGGUGCUAGGCACUUUCGGGGCCAGCUGGCUGCACUUUGCCAUCUAUUGUGUGGUAGGUGCAAGAGGACCGGCCAUCUACACCUACGCCACCCUGCUGCCUGCCACCUAUAACUCCAUGAUCAAUCCCAUCAUCUAUGCCUUCCGCACAGAGAUCCAGCGUGCCUUGUGGCUCCUGUUCUGUGGCUGUUUCCAAUCCAAAGUGCCAUUCCGCUCCAGGUCCCCCAGCGAGGUCUGA